AUGUUCGGAGCCUUUGCCGUUGCUCCAAACUUGGCCACAGAGGUAGAUCCAAAAGAUAUACCCAGUCCGACAUCUAUCAAUUUACCAAGAUACCAGCCAUUCGCUGAGGAUGAUGAGGUGAUUGGUGGCAGGAGCCAAGCGUUGCCUUGGUUACUUGAACAAACUGGUCGGGAGUCGCUUGUUCUUGGGUCCGCCGGUCUGCUGGCAAUCGGGCUCGAUUUGAAACUUGAUGCGGACGACCGUGAUCUUAUCCCUGACACAUCCUGCCUGCCAGAUUUUCAUCAGUGGGACUGUUUCACAGCUGAGGAAGCUCGUAAUCAAGAUGGAAAGGAUCGACUACCGUUAAAGACGGGUGGUAUGUCCCCAGGGUGUCAAGUAUACCUCGAACGUCGGCGGGAACUCUCCAACGCCAAUGAAGACGCAUUUCGUACCGUGAGGAGAAUAUCGCCUCCAAAGGGCAGGCAGCAAGCCCGAUUGGGCAAUACUUAUGAGUUCUUCCGUUGUUUAGAGUUAUUCACAACUUUCUGGGAUGAUCCAACACAACGUCCAGAGCUUCCGCCGUCUCCAGAAUUGACAACUGUGGAGGAUGGCACCUGCAGUGAUGCGGCCAGGGAGAAAUAUUUCGAUACCGAGCCGUCUCAGCCGUCUACGAUCAGUCGAACCUCUUGCGGUCAGUCUAUGCCCCCGGAAUUCCGGCAAAAUCUCCUCAACGCUUUCAUAAAGCUAGUCGCGUACGAUUUUGGAUGCAAUGUUUCAAUGGCAAGAGUAGAGCCAAGGCUCCAUCUUACGUCCCUUCCAGGACGGAACCAACGCAAAUCCUACACCCCAUCAAACUGUCAUUUUGUGUUCCAAAGUCCCAUGACACGGGAGACUGCCCGGGCCGGUGUUGUCUAUGGUCCAGUUGCUGCCGUAAGUGCACGCCCAACAGUAAAUUUUACCUCCCCAGAUGCCGAGACAGCACAGUCUUUGGAUCUGGCACGUGAGGUGCUAGCUGCUUUGAUCACAGCUCAGCAUCGCAAUCGUGAGGGAAAGGAGGAGAGUCGCUUUGGGCACCAACAGUGGUGGACUACCCAACGCAGAUGGGGUGGCGGAGUAGGAGGGCCUAUUGGCCGUGAAAUUGAGAAAAUUGAGCCUGUAGACGACACUCAGCCAGGUGCUGACAUGCCUGAUGGCCGGAGAGGACCGAUUACAAAGAAGGCUCGUAAAACUAUGCCUGUCUAUGAUAAUUACCGUAUGGUUCGCCCGCCGGCUUCGACUUGGGACAGGAAAGCCAAGUACGAGACCAUAGGCAAGGUCAAGGGUGCUGGCUAUGAUGACAUUUUUGUAAUCAGCUCCCUUUUUCAUCAUGUGUCUGUCCUCCGUGUUCGAGUACCUGCUCGUCUGCUCGAGGUUCUAGACGGGUCACCUGAGCCGGAUUUAUCAAAACGCAGCUGGGGUCGGGUUCCGGCCUGGCGAAGCCCAUGGUACGACUUCUUCGAUGUCGAUCAGAGGAUUGCAGCAAUGCGAAUGGUGUGGGCAGUUGUGGCGUAUCAGAUGCGGAAGAAUCCAAGUAGGGAUGAGAAUAUUAGGGGCUAG